AUGGCGUCCACAUCUGCUGAGCGGCCGGCUAAGCGAGUGCGGCAAGCUUGUGAACCAUGCAGACGUAAGAAGGCAAAAUGCCCUGGGGAGCAGCCAGUCUGCUCCUUAUGCGCCCGGUUAAACCAGCAAUGCGCCUAUGCUGGAGAACAGAGAAGAUCUUCGACAACUGGGCUUCCCAUCCCACGGGAGGCGGCUUCCGUUCCUCCCAGCUCAGAAAACAGGAUAUCGGAGAUCUUGGAGGAACGACUGGGGAGCCUGGAAGCAAGAAUGGGGCAAGUUCUUGAUGCCCUGGGGCAGAACACCCCCAGACAAGAGCCACGGGAAACUGCUCCUCGCACUGCUGUCAUGAGUAAUGCCGUGGCAUCAUCCCUUCUAAGCCCAACCAUUCCCUUUCCCACCUGGGAAAAGGUGCUCUCGAUGGCUGAGCUGUAUCUGACGUAUUGUCACUCUCAGCCUCUUCCACUCUUUCAAAAGGAAGGCUUUCUCAAUAGCCUGGGGAGCCGUGACCCAGAGAUAGUAUAUGCCAUGUUGGCGCUGAGCAUUCGGUUCUCCCCGGAGGAGAGUUCGCGGACUGGGGGGUUUACGUCUCUUAUAAAUGGCUAUACGGAAGUAGCCAGGGGCUUGGUUAUGAGGAGGGUUUCGGAAGGACCAAUAGAGCUCUCAACUCUCCAGAGCCUAUGUCUCUUGAGCCUGGUGGAUUUUGCCACUUUGCUAACGUGCUUACUACUAGAUGGAAACACGCACCGCUCAAGCAUCCAUUGCAGUUUGGCAAUGAACCUGGCACAAUGUGCCAACCUUGGCUUAGAGUCUGGGUUAGCACAAUCCCCUGCUGCACGCGAAGAGCGUAGGCGCUGCUUCUGGAGUAUCUGUCUUUUGAAGCGCCUUCACGGAGUCGAUUUCGACAACCUAGAUUUUCCUGAUGGCUGCUUUCCUCAGUUCCCAGAAAGUCCUAGCCGGCCGCCUCCAACGAAAUCAUCAAGCAAUGGAAUGAAUGAAACACGGUCAUCAGGAAUGCAGGAUCAGGGUAUCUUAGCCUACGUGAUCAUGCUCAGUGAAAUUUUUGCGAAAACUGCAAAAUAUGUUAGACGCCAUGGAAAGCCUAGCAACGUACCCCCUUGGUCCUCACAAUCAGAGUAUUCGAGAAUCUUGACUGCCCUUAUGGAACGGGAAACGCAAAUGCCAUACAGCCACAGAUUCAAGCCAGCUAACUUGAGUGAAAGAACGCUCGAAGAUCUCCAAGAAAGGAGGGAUUACUGGGGCCCAUGGUUACUGAACCAAUUUCUAUAUCAUACGAUUUUGUGUCUUUUAAAUCAUCCGCUCUUGCUCUCUCUCAGCCUCCGAAAUUUUCGCAGUACGAUUCCAGAGAUUUUCCUACAGCACAGCUCGGAUUUGAUCUCAUCGCACACGACAUGGAUAAUUCAUUUUAUUGACUACUUCGAAGAGAGGUCUUUUGUUGUCUCGGAUCCCUUCUUGGGCUAUAGUGCUGCCGUGGUAGCAACAAUUGAGUUACAGCUUAGCUUCACGGAGAAUACUACAAUUCGCGAAGAAAAACGCAACAGGUUCUACAAAUGUGUUAGUUUCGUGCAAAAUCUAGGAUGCAAGUGGUCACAUAUGGCACGUUUGGCGGACAGAUUGCAAAGAUUGGAAGAUGCCGUGUCAGCAUCCUAUGAACUUGAGUCUGGUGCUCAGAAUAAGUACUUACUUAUAGAUCUCUCGCGCUUCUGGGAGAUUCUCGAGUAUUCCUCCAAUAGUGAUGCAGAGUCAGCCCGUCGCAUGUUUGGGGACUCACUCUAUUCAGAAGCUCCUACCCCUGGAGCUGAAGUGUCUCAGACUUCCCCUCUACCGGAGCCUUUUCGCUUACACACACAGCAAGCUCUGGCACAGUCACCAACCUCUCAAUUCAAUAUUCAGACCCCUAUCGUUACGGCCGAUGCGCAGUACCCCAUGGGUGUUGGCUCGCCUUCAUACGAUGAAUUCUCAAUAUUAGCUACGAACUUCUUUUCUCAAGCCCAGGACUUUCUACGAAGUGGUGAUCCAAGGAACGGCUUUGGAAAUCUAUAA